CAUAGGAAGGCAGGACGAUGGGCAGCAAAACCUUAAUUCGGUGGUUGCUUGUUUUGGAUUCAAAGCUCCGGAAAAAAAAUUAUACGCGAAGAAAGUAUUCAACGACAAGAAAAUACAGUCGCCAUUUGCCAUUAUCGCAUAUUCACCACCUGUUUGCUGUUUGCACUUCCCGGGGUUAUUGAUAAGACUCAGCUCAGCACAUUCCAGCUCUUGUCUUGUUUUUUAGAAAUAAGUUAGACUGGUCACGACAGAUUAGUGCGCUCCAGCAGCAGAAACACAGAGAAACGAAAAGAUGGUUUGGCCCUUUGGAGGAUCACAGGCCGCGCCCGCGGCAGCAACCACAGCAGCCGAGCCGGCGGUGUCGUCGACGCCCGUCGUCGCGAGCACAGAGUUCAGCAGCACACCAGAGCACGAGAACAAGGCCGCGGAGGUGCCGUUCCUGCCGGACGAUCUCGACAUCUCGAAGCUGCAUCCGCUCGCUGGGUUGGGCAAGGACUUGGACGUUCUAGAACUCGAGGACGAUGCGCUCAGUGACUUGCCGGGAUCGCAGGGGUUCCUGCCAUCACGAGGCUGGUCGGAUGAUUUGUGCUAUGGCUCUGGAACGAUGUAUAUGGGUGGUCUGGCAGUCGGAGGUGCCUACGGUUUCGCCGAGGGCAUGAGAACUACUCCUGCCAAUGCCCCGGCCAAGAUCAGAAUCAACGCUGUUCUCAACGCCAUCACCCGCCGCGGUCCGUAUCUCGGCAACACUGCCGGAAUCCUCGCCAUCUCCUAUAACAUUUUCAACGGAAUAUUCGACAUGUCCCGAAGUUACCACGAUAUUUACAACUCGAUCGCCGCCGGCGCCAUCACCGGAGCUCUCUACAGAUCAACAAUGGGCGUCAAGCCUAUGGCCAUCUCGGCCCUGCUAAUGGGCAGUGCUAUGGGAGCCUGGAACAUUGCCACCAGCGCCUUGUAAAUUCCCCUUCUCUCCUCUUUCAACCUAGCUAUUUCAUGACUCGGAUUUCCUUUUUCAUUUCAUUCCAGUUUGUAUCUUGGGUUUCUUCUAUAUACGUGCCUGAAUAUGUGCUUUCCUAGCUCUUUGCUCUACCUUCUUGUCAUUUCUUCUCUGGCUACCUACCUUUGUCCUGGCUCUUCUUAUGCGCUCAGUCUCGGGUUGUGGUUAGAGUCGUUCCGCUGUUUUUCAGGUCGUUACUGGUUUAAAGAAGAGUGAUGGUUGGAAAAAGUCAAGGCUCCUGCAAAAAAGUUCUCUCUCCUCUAUAUCUAUUGUAUUUGUCUUUUUCUCAACAGGGUCCAUCAGGUUGUCGAAAAAAAAGAGAUGG